AAUUUGCAGGAUGGCAAGGGCAUGUAUAAACAGCCCAGCAGCCGAGUGAGUAUGGAGAGCGGAGACUCCGGUGUAUUCGUGACCUGUGAUAUGGGCAGGGAGAGCAAAUGUAUUAGAGAAGCUGUUGAUGUCUUUUCUCACGCUGUUGAGUCUUCCGGUGAGUUGAAGACCGAAGAGGAGGACGAGGACGAGGAUGAUGGCGACAUCGAGGCCCAGAUCCAACGAGAGCUGGCAGGCUUGCAGACCAGCAAGGAUAAGAAACGCCCUUUUCAAGGAAUGCAAUUGGAGAUGCCCUGUGUUGUUUUCCUGCGCCUUGAUAAGUCGAUCGACCCGGUCUCGCUGGUCCACCGUCUUUGUUCCGAAGCACAGGCCCAUCCGGACACCAAGAACAGCAGAUGGAUUAAACGCAUGACCCCAGUCUCUACUCUCCGAAAGACGCUUAGCGUCGACCUGGCAGCCUUCGCAAAGGAGAUUCUCAAGCCUCAUUUCCAUUCUGGGGGCCGCCGAAGAAGGUAUGUCCUUUUGCGGAUCUAUGCGAUUCGACCGACGAUUCGAGGGAAUAACAAAUUCAAACGAGACGAGGUCAUCAAGACUGUCGCUGAUGCCGUUGGCCCUGAGCACCCCGUGGACUUGAAGAAUUACGAUUUGAUGAUUUUGGUGGACGUUGUGCAGAACGUGAUCGGAAUGAGUGUUGUGGGCAGUGAUUACGACCAGCUGAAACGGUAUAAUUUGGCCGAGAUCUACGAUCCAGCGAAACCCGCGGCGGAUCAGGCCGCAGAAGCUAAAAAUUAG